CCUGGUCUUUGAGUUGGCAGAGUGUGCUGUUGUAUUAAACAUCCAGACAGACUAUAUAAAGCCUAUAUACAUUUAUUUUCUUCACCACUUAUCACAUCAAACCAGGAUUUCAGAAGAUGUCCGUCACAGUUUACUUCAGCAGUGUUAGUGGUUCUAGAGAGGUGAAGCAACAACAGUCUGAGAUUUUCCAGUUCCUGGACGCAAAGAAAAUUAAGUACUUUGCUGUGGACAUCUCACAGAGCCCAGAAAAGAAAGAGGAGAUGAAAAAGAAAGUGGGAAACCAGUCUGCAAUGCCACCUCAGGUCUUUAAUGGGGACAAAUACUGUGGGGACUAUCAAAAGUUUUUUGAGGCAAUUGAGGACGGGAAGCCAGAAGCGUUUUUCAAACUCUGAGUGUCGACUGCAACUCCUCAGUUCCCGAAUGCUUGUAUUUUGGGAACGUUUUUAUAUGCCAAGAAAAUUUAUAUUUUGCACUGUUAAAUAAAUUAAGAUUGUACAUUAAAUCGACUUGAAAAAUGAUCACAAACAGAUGAAUGCAAGAAAUAUAACAUGUUCAGCAUGAGGACAAUUCGUUGUGGAUUGGAUGACAUGUAAAAAUGUUUAAAAAAGUAGAGCGGCCUAGUCUUUACCAGGCCACUAGGGUGCAGUAGUGUCUAUUUUAAACACAUUCACAAGUUAGUCAUGUAUACAAAUAUGUUCUACAAAAAAACGUUCAAAUAAAUGCAUUUGUUCCUGUUAUUUGUAAA